CUUCUCUCUCUCUCUCUCUCUCUCUCUCUCUCCCUGUCCCGCUGUCUCUGUUUCCUUUGUUUUUCUGGUUCACUCUUUGCUCUCACUUUCUUUUUCCAAGAGAAGACGAUAACUUUCUUUUUGUAUAUCACUGAGCACAGUAAUUGUCUCUCCUUCUCUCUGACCACUAACUACCUGAAUCUCCACUGGAUCAACACCGUACAAGUUGGACUUGGCUGCGAACUUUUGCCGAAGGAGCACUCUUCUCACCAUCACGAGGGACUCUAUUGAGUGAAAUAACCCAAAUCUUCUCCUGAGCGACGGUCGCUUGACUCUUCCACAGCAACUGUGUAACUAUGGAGUGCAGGCAUGGGGCAGAAAUUGGGCAAAAAAACAGUGUGCUGUCAUCAGAGAGGGGCCACUGAGGAGUAAUUUAGAAGUGGAGAGAAAGAGAAGAGGAGGGAAGUUUGUGGAUGAAACUAGCUCUACACCUCCGGGGAUCUUUCUUCACUUGUGCAACUGUGGAUAACGAGGAAAAGAAACUAAAGAAAAGAUUAAGAAGACAAGACUCUCACUCUCAGAAGGAUGGGUUUUUUUUUAAGUUGUCCCUGUGUUUUCGGUCGCAUCUUUACACUCCAGACAAAGUGCCAACAGACCAGAAAAUUGGCCUCUUUAAGGAUUACUGCUGUUGCCCCUCUGGAAGUAACUGUUGGCUAACGAAGCUGUUGACAAAAGUUGGAGACAAAGAUUCUUGCCUUCGGAGACGGAGUGUGUGUGUGUGUUUGUGUGUGUGUGUGUGUGUGUGUGUGUGUGUUUGUUUUCUUGUUUGGAUUAUGUGAGCGUGUUCUCGUCACUGUCAGGACCUUGGUGUGUGUGCGCAUGUAUUUAUUUACGUAACUUCUGCACAUGAGAAGUUCAGUGUGCGUGAUGCGGGGCUGUGAGGCCGCUAGCUGUCACUCUGUCCUCGGCGCAGGCAGACACAGGGAGGGACAGACAUGUGUUUCCAUGGCGAUGAGCGGAUGUAGCCCCUUCCCCAUGUGUUGGGACAGAGAAUAUGACAGACACCUAGCAGCAGCAGUGUCAGCAGGGAAAACCAUGGCGACGGCCUACCUGGACCCCAACCUGAACCAUGCCCUCCUGGGAGGCGCCAAGUCACGGCUGAGCGCGGGGGGGUCAGACAGAACCAUGGCCGGCUCCGUGGACAGGGUUCUGAAAGUCUGCCACCACUUUGAGACCAACACUGAACACAGUUGCUGGUCCUCCAAUAUCAGAUAUGGAGAUGCAACCGAUGUCAGGGGAAUCAUCCAGAAGAUUCUGGACAUCCAGAAAGUGCGCUGGACGUCUUGUUUUGGCUUACGUCUCAGCAACGUCCAAUCCAGAGACCAGGUGCACUGGCUCCACCCCGAUAUGGGUGUUUCCCACGUCAGAGAGAAAUAUGAACAGGCACGACCAAACGAGGAGUGGAGGUAUGAGUUAAGGAUCCGGUAUCUUCCAAAGGGCUUUGUGCAGCAGUUUACAGAAGACAAACCUACACUCAACUUCUUCUACCACCAGGUGAAGAGUGACUACAUGACAGAGAUCGGUGAUCAGGUGGAACAAGAUGUAGCUCUCAAACUUGGCUGUCUAGAAAUCAGGAGGUUCUUCAAAGAGAUGAGAGGAAACGCCCUGGACAAGAAAUCCAACUAUGAACUACUUGAGAAAGAUGUUGGAUUGAGGCGUUUUUUCCCAAAAGACCUGUUGGAUUCAGUCAAGGCUAAAACUCUUCGUAAGUUGAUUCAGCAGACAUUUAAGCAGGUAGCCAAUCUCAACGAUGAGCAGUGCAUCCUGAAGUUCUUGGAGAUACUUGCGGCAAUCUACCGCUACGACAAGGAGUGCUUCAAAUGUGCUCUCGGGUCCAGCUGGGUGAUCCAGGUGGAGUUAGCCAUCGGACCAGAGGAAGGGAUCAGCUACCUCACUGACAAGGGAUCCACACCUACCCAUCUAGCUAACUUUAACCAAGUUCAGUCUAUCCAGUACUCAGCUAUGGAGGAGAAGGACAGGAAAGGGAUGCUACAGCUCAACGUAGCCGGAGCUGCUGAGCCUCUCACGGUUACAACAGCAUCACUGACCAUGGCAGAGAACUUGGCUGACUUGAUUGACGGUUACUGUCGGCUGGUCUCCAUGGAAACUCAUUCCUUCAUCGUCAGAGUUCAGAAAGAGGGAGAAAGAGCUCUGCCUUCCAUCCCAAAAGUGUCCAAUAAUGAGAAAAAGCUAGAAGCAGUCAGGAGUGGAGUAAGAGCUAUCUCUGUCUCAGAAGAUCUUAGUGGGGAUGAGACUGAUGACUAUGCUGAGAUAGUUGAUGAAGAGGACACAUACACCAUGCCCUCCAUCAGCUAUGGAGUAGUUGAAGCGCGGGAUUAUGAGAUCCAGAGGGACAGGAUAGAGUUGGGCCGCUGCAUAGGAGAGGGUCAGUUUGGAGAUGUACACCAAGGAGUCUACAACAGCCCUGACAAACCGGCUCUAAAUGUCGCCAUUAAGACCUGCAAGAACUGUACAUCAGACAGCGUCAGAGAAAAGUUCCUACAAGAAGCAUUGACUAUGCGUCAGUUUGACCACCCUCACAUUGUCAAGCUGAUCGGAGUGAUCACAGAAAACCCUGUGUGGAUCAUCAUGGAGCUCUGUACUCUUGGAGAGUUGCGUUCAUUCCUUCAGGUGAGGAAGUACAGUUUGGAUUUGGCCACUCUCAUUCUGUUUGCCUACCAGCUCAGCACAGCACUGGCAUAUCUGGAGAGUAAACGCUUUGUACACAGGGACAUCGCAGCUCGCAAUGUGUUGGUCUCUUCAGUCGACUGUGUGAUGCUCGGAGACUUUGGUCUGUCGCGAUACAUGGAGGACAGCUCUUACUACAAAGCUUCUAAAGGUAAACUUCCUAUCAAAUGGAUGGCUCCUGAAUCUAUCAACUUCAGAAGAUUCACCUCUGCCAGUGAUGUCUGGAUGUUUGGUGUGUGUAUGUGGGAGAUCUUGAUGUACGGCAUCAAACCUUUCCAGGGGGUGAAGAACAAUGACGUGAUUGGCAGGAUAGAGAACGGCGAGCGAUUGGCUAUGCCCCCUCAGUGCCCUCCCACCCUCUACAGUUUGAUGACCAAAUGUUGGUCGUAUGACCCCAGCAAGCGACCGCGAUUCACCGAACUCAAAACACAACUCAGCACCAUACUGGAGGAAGAGAAGCUUCAGCAAGAGGAGAGACUUCGAAUGGAGAUGAGGCGACAAAUCACCGUGUCCUGGGACUCUGGAGGGUCAGAUGAAGCGCCGCCAAAACCCAGUAGACCUGGUUACCCCAGUCCUCGUUCCAGUGAAGGCUUCUUCUCCAGCCCCCAACUCAACCACUUCCCGCCGUCAGCCCACGGUGGUGCAGGAGGAGUAGGAGGGAGCUACCCUCCUAAUGAUUCCUGGAAUCAACACAGACCUGAACACACUGCACUGUGGAGCCCUAACAUGGAGGAUAGUGGAUGUGUAGGCCACGCUAUGAUGGAGGAGAGGCUGAUGAUGCAGCAACAACAGAUGGAGGACGACCAGCGGUGGUUGGAGCAGGAGGAGAGCUUCAUGAAGACGGAGUCCAGAAACAGCAGAGGAAGCAUUGACAGAGAGGACGGCACACUACAAGCACCGGGUGGAAGCCAACAUAUCUACCAACCUGUAGGGAAACCAGAACAUGUGGCUCCUCCUAAGAAACCGCCACGCCCCGGAGCUCCUGGUCACCUCGGCAACCUGGCAGGUCUCUGCCCCGUGGACAGCUACAACGAGGGUGUCAAGCCGUGGAGGUUGCAGCCUCAGGAAAUCAGCCCGCCCCCCACCGCUAACUUGGACCGCUCUAACGACAAAGUGUAUGAGAAUGUGACAGGAUUGGUUAAAGCUGUGAUUGAGAUGUCCAACAGGAUUCAGCCUGCAGCCCCAGAGGAGUACGUCCCAAUGGUCAAGGAGGUGGGUCUGGCGCUGAGGACUCUGCUAGCGACAGUGGAUGAGACACUUCCUGUGCUGCCAGCCAGCACACACAGAGAGAUUGAGAUGGCUCAGAAGUUGCUGAAUUCAGAUCUGGCCGAGUUAAUAUCGAAGAUGAAACUGGCCCAACAGUAUGUCAUGACAAGUUUACAAAAGGACUACAAGAAACACAUGCUAAUGGCAGCUCACGCCCUCGCCGUCGACGCCAAGAACCUCCUGGAUGUCAUCGACCAAUCACGACUCAAGAUGAUCAGGAUUUAAUCAAGUCAGAGGAGGAGCGGUGAGCGGGCUGUUGCUGUGGAGACGGAGAGCGCAGUAACUCUCAGCCAACCGCAACGAGAAGAGAACAUUUGGAUGGAAAAUGAACUGAUGGACAGCAGACGUUACUGACAAACAAUCAGCUCCCUCUUCUUCUCCCGCAUAAAAAAAAAUCAUCGCUUUCCUUUUUCUUCUCUGGCGACCGUCACGUUUUGGUCAAUAUUGUGUUGUUUUGUACCUUUUUGUUGCAUUAUUUGCUUUUUGUAUCCAGAGAAACGCUCUUUUUCUCCCCACCCCUCCUCAAUCACGUAUCCUCAAUGAUGAGUUUUUUUUAAAAAUCAUCCAUUACUACUUUUUAAUCUUUAAGUGAAUCAAACAAAGGUUUCAGAGGCUCGCUUUGAAGGACUGCAGAGAUAUUCUCGGUGAACGGACGCACCGAAAUCCGCCACACGAACACGACUAACCGCUCUCCACGUAUGCAGGAUGUAACAACUGGAACUGAAGAGCCAGGAUGAGGAAAAUGAUAUGAUGAUGAUGUUGUUUAAACAUGCUUUUAUAUCAUUAUUAAUUAUUGUUGUUAUUAUUGCUAUUUCCAGCCUUGACUCUUACAGUAUGUCUCUCAAAAACGUAUUGAUUUACAGCUCCUCAUAUUUUCAUCUGUUUUUUUUCAUCUUCUCUCUAGAUCUCUUUAUCUCAGGCAUCAAAGAGACGGCAUAAAAAAAAGAAGAACAAAGUUAAUGUCACAGGCCACUUUUUUUUAAGUUAACUUAGAUAGUAAAUAUACAAAGAAGCUAUAUUUUUAACACGUUUCUGAGGCAUGAGUUGUUAGUGAAUAAGGGAAGGGGACAACGGGGGAGGGGAAGUGAAGGGAGGGAGGUCUUUGAGUUACAGUGGAGGUGCUAAACCUGUGCCAAAUGAACUGCAAUUGACUAAAAAAAAAUGAACAUUUCACCCAAAAUGCUCUGAUAUUGGCUCACCUAACAAUCCAACAACAUUUUUUUAGCAGCAGUCGUUUUUCCAUUCUUUUCUUCAAAACUGUAAAAAAAAAAAAAAAAAAACUUUUUUUCUUGCUUUGUAUAUUGAAGCCAAAUUUUGUUGUUGCAUCGGUCGUGUUGUCGGUUCCUCCUAUCUUAUUUAUCUUCACGUUAAUGUUCACUCAACAAGAUGCAGUGCAGGCUUUCAGUUAGAGACCCCCCCCUUCUGUCAGAUUUCCUUCAGUUUAGUCGAUCCAGGAAUUGGAUCUUCAGGGACACUUUUUCAAUAAAUUCUGGUUCAUAUUCAGAGUACAAUAUGAUACAUUGAUAAUAGUCUGUUAGUCUUUAUUAGGGGGUGAAUUACAGUUUCAUUUACAACUAACUGGACUGAAAGUUAAUUAACCUACUGGACUUUUAUAAAACUACAGUAGGCCUUGUUCAUAUUUGCUCUCUAUCUAUCCUCCAGCAGUCCUCCUGUUUUCUUUCCCUGUCUUUCUACCUCCCUCCACUGGAGUUAUUUAUACCUUUUUUUUAUUCCCUCUCUUCUCCCGCCUUCGUUACCAUCCCUCCCUUCAGCUUCGUCUUCCUCUCCUCCCUCUCUGAUUCUGUCUCCAUUCCACUGUUCCCUCUCCCCUGAGGUGAGCGGUUUUCUCAGGAAGGAGUCACAUGUACAGUUGCUAAACCAAGCAAAUAAAACACUGUUAUCGUUAAAAAA